UGUUAAUGUUAUUAAGUGUAUUAAAUUCAAACUUUAAAUUAAACGAUUGUGACUUUAAUUUUUAUUGUUGUUAAUAUGAUAUAUUUUUGAAAUUUUUAUGUUUUUAACUAUUCAAUAUUCUUAUUAAUUAAUUUUAUUAUAAUCAAAUUUUAUUAAUAAUUUUUAAAUACUAAAUUAUAUUAAAUUCAGUCACAAAAUGAGUAACCACUCGGAGACGGAAGUUAUUAAAUUAAACUAUAAGUUAAUUAAAUUAAUGAAAUCGCCGUCAAUUGGCCGCAAACGAGUGCCGGGUAUUGUCCUACUAUUACUUUCCAAACUGCGUUGGCAACCGAUGACAUUGGAUCUGUUAAUGAAGACAAAAGUAGGCGUUACUGUCAAUGAAGUACUUAAGCUAAAUCUGGCAAAAGAUGUUACGGCGUUUGCCGCCAAAAUUAUCAGUGAGUGGUCACAGCUAUUACCGAAACGGAUCGGUACAAUAAAACCAAAGGAACUAAUAGGUCAACCGCUCAAAUCGGUUGACAACUUGUCCACUAAUAAUAGUAACACAAACACCAUCAAUAAGAUGUCAAAUGAAAAAAUGGUUAAAUUGUCUGCCGAUGUGACCGAUAAUAAGGAAAAUAAAGAAAACAAAAGAUUAACUUUAAAACCAAAAUUGAAAAAAUCUGUUAAACUGAUGACCAGUACACCGAAAUCAGAUGCUGUUAUCAGUGGACAUGAAUUAUAUGAAAGUAUUAUAAAUAAGAAGAAAGAACGAAAUGGUAAGCAACUGUCUGGCAAAGGUGUUGGUGCUCCGUCUCCAUGGGCUAUGACUACUAAGACCAAGACUGAUGCCAAAGUCAGACACAAACGGUUCCAGAAAUGCUAAAGAUAUUACGGUUACGCACUAUUGAAAGUCAAAGUCAACAACAAUCGCCGUCCACUUCCAGUC